UCGCCAUUUAUGGUACCUCUCUUAUUGUAUUCCACGUCACUUCUGAAUUCUGUUGUGUCCAAAGGAACUCAAGAAGGCUUAUUGAAGCAUGGAGAAACGCUCCUUGAACAUAGGAACCAUUUUUUGCACAGCCUUCUGCUGCUUCGCUUUUUGGCACCUUCUACGGAAACUGCCACAUAGGAAGCCGACCACCGUGCCAGAUUCUGGAAAGCUACAACGUGGAAUAACCAUCUAUGUGGUCACGCCGACGUACUACCGAGCUCUCCAAAUUCCGGAACUCGUUCGCCUCUCGCAGACCUUGAUCCUCGUGGAAAAUUUGCACUGGGUCGUCGUGGAAGACUCGUAUUCUUUACGUCCAAAGGUGGCGCAAGUACUAGAAGAGAGCGGCUUGUCUUUCACUCACCUCGUGGGUCCCAAACCGACAGAGUACAGCAGAGUGUGGAAAUACGGCCGUGGGGUCUCCAACCGCCUCCGUGCUCUGGAGUGGAUAAGACAGAACGCCUCACUGCCGGGCGUACUCUAUUUCGCUGACGACGAUAAUGCCUACGACGUUCGGCUGUUCGAAGAGAUUCGCAAGACACGGAGGGUGUCUGUGUUUCCAGUUGGCUUGAUGGCCAACAUGGGCGUCAGCACGCCAAUUGUCUACAUGGGCAAAGUGGUUGGUUUCCACGACCCUUCUGCGGGCCGAGUCUUCAUGGUGGACAUGGCGGGAUUCGCUGUCAACUUAGCAGUCCUGAUGGGUGUCCAUCCUGUCAUGAACUACACGGCUGGCCUACUGGAAGAGACCUUUCUCCAGAGCCUCAAGAUUACAGUCGAGGACCUGGAACCUUUGGCAAACAAUUGCACCGAGGUUCUGGUAUGGCACACGCAGACGCUCAACCCCUUGCUGGGCAAUACAUCACGCUCCAUACCCGUGAACCAAUAUCCAAACUCAAACCUCAACGAGCUAGCAAAAGCACUGUCAUAUUGAAUAUUACCGGCCGCCACUGAACCAAUAAUAACAAUUUUCU